AUGGUCAGCGCCAUUCCUCGUCGCCAUGAUACUCGCACGCCCGAGAAGCCGCGCAAACUGUCGAAUCCGCGACUCAAAGGAGACAAACUCAUCGUCCGUCUAAAACUGCGCCCAUCAAUCCUCGCUCAAUUCCCCACGAAACCAAAACCCUUAGAAAAAAAGCCCACGACAAAACCGCUCAUCAAAGAGCACAACGCGCAUCAGCUUCAAUUUCUUGAUCAGCUCAUCAGCGAACAAAGUACAGAGCUGAACCGGUUAAAUCAAGAGCGCUCUAUCACGAUGCAGAAUAUCGAAAACUAUGAGCGUGUGUGCAGCAUGCAUCUCGACACGCUGCACCGGAGUCUGGCGGAUGCGUGCGAUCUAGGGAUGACGAGCUGUGAAUUAAAGGAUGGCGAUGGGGAUUCGACGAGGCUAUUGAAAGACGACAUUCAGCAGAUGAGGCAGGGCGUGCAGAACUGGAGCAGAAUCUUGAUGGAGGCCAAGCAGGACCUCGCGAGCAAGAAGCAUCAGAUAACCAUGAUAGCCACGAGUCUCAAGACUUUGGAGGAGGAGCGACAGCAGUUGAGUCAGUGGAUGUGA